AUGGAGCCUACCAUAGCAAUCCCGUAUAUCCGCCCUACUCCCAUCGCCAAUAAUAUACAACGCUCACUAACAGUGCAGGUCAACGUCGCAAUCCAUAUCACCUGCGUCCCAAUCCUACUGUUUACCGGCAUCAUCCUCGCCUGCAAUUGCCCGCCCUUCUUCACCCUUCCGGACGUUCUCCAAAUCGAAUACCUGCCGGCAAACGCCGGAACAAUCGGCGCUCUUGUCUACGCCACAUUUUAUGUUCUCCUAGAGCCCAUAGCCGGCGGCUUACUCGCACCUGCCGUGAUCACAGCUGCAUACUACGGAAACUACUUCCUCAGCACGUACGGUAGCAUCGUGAACUACUGGGCCGGAGGCAUACAUGUCGUGUCAUGGCUUGCGCAGUUUGUCGGACAUGGUGUAUUUGAGAAACGUGCCCCCGCCUUGCUGGAUAACCUUGUACAGGCUUUACUGCUUGCACCGCUAUUCGUCUGGAUGGAGAUUCUGUUUUUCUUCGGAUAUCGCUCCGAACUCAAGAAGCGGUUUGAGAAGGGCGUUGAGCUGGAGAUUCUGAAGUUCCGGAAGCAGGGGGAUGAGAGUGGCAAGGGCAAGGGCAAGGCGGAACAGUGA